AAUUUGCUUUGAUACCGUUUCUUCAAUUAUGUAUGUUGUCUCUCUUUAGUGGUAAUCAGCUGAUCAUCUUGCUGGAUCUGUCUCUCUUUCAUUGUUAAAGAGAAAAAAAAAGAGCAGCAAAUGGAGUUUGCAAAGUUAGCUGUGGAUCCCAUUGUAUCCAAAGUUUUCGAACUGUUGGUUAAUCCUGUUGUGCGUCAGAUCAAAUAUGUAUUCAACUACAGUGCCAACAUCCACAAUCUCGAAGAAGAAGUUCAAAAGCUCAGUGAUGCUAAACAAAGGGUUAAGCACACUGUUGAGGUGGCUGGGCGGAAUCCACUAGAACAAAUUGAAGCUGAUGUUCAGCAGGGGUUGGCUAAGGUGGAUAGUGGCGCUGAAGAUGCAGAUAAAAUUCUUCUUCAACAUAAAGAUGGAGGAAAAUGGAGGUGCUUCAUGGGAUUGUGUCCAAAUUUGAUCAGGCGCCACCAGAUUAGUAGAAAAGCCAGUAAAGAAAUACCAAUCAUUGUUGGAGUCCGAGAAGGGGGAAAUUUUCCCAGAGUUUCCUACCGUGCUCCACCACAGGGCAUAGUGGCAGUCAAAGAGUGUGAAGCCUUUGAAUCAAGAACAUCUGUUGUAGAUGAAAUCUUGAAUGCUUUAAAAGAUGCUGACGUCAAUCUCAUUGGAGUGUACGGAAUGGGAGGCGUGGGUAAAACCACACUUGUGAAACACAUUGCCACUCCGGUCAGGGAACUCGGAAUCUUCAAAUUGGUGGUUAUAGCAACUUUCACCAACAGUGUGGUUGUGACAAGUGUUCAGCAAGAAAUUGCAGAAUGGCUAGACUUCAAACUUGGUGCGGAGUCUAUUUCAGUACAAGCAGCUCGAUUGAGUGAGCGAAUCAAAAAAGAAGAGAAAAUUCUAAUAAUUCUUGAUGAUAUAUGGGCAGCAAUCAAACUAGAUGAGAUAUGAUUCCUUAUGGCACUGAUCAUAAUGGAAGCAAGAUACUUAUGACGUCUAGAAAUCAAUCUGUAUUGUCGGAAAGCAAGAUACUUAUGACGUCCAGAAAUCAAUCUGUAUUGUCGGAAAUGGGUGUACAGAGAGAUUUCAGGCUUGAAGUUUUAGAGCAUCAAGAGGCAGUGUAAAAUAGUUAUUUCUUCUAUAUAUUUGCAAACUUUUAGAUGCAACAUGAAUGUUCAACAUGUUUUCAUUUGAUUGAUCUUUACAGGUUGUCUCCAACUUGGAGAGGUUAGCUCUAACAAUAAAGGAUGCGGCAACGAAAUGGGAAGGCCAGUUUUCAGCUGAUCUCUUUCACAAACUCACAGCCAUUGGGAUAUGUUGCUUUCAUGAUGAAUCUAGCUUUUCCAUUUGAUCUCCUUGAAAGAUUUCAGCCUAUGGAAAUUCUUGGAGUGGGUUGUCGUCAAUUCAAGGAGCUGUUCCCAUGUGAUGGCUUUGUUGGUAGGAAAAAAUAUGCUGAGGUUCUUGGAUGGAUACUGUCGUUAUUGUUGGAUAACCUUCCUGAUUUGACGGAUAUAUGGAACCAAGACUCCCAACUUGACCAAGUUUUACAGUCUCUUGAACUUCUUCAUGUUCAGAGGUGUAACAGUCUGGUUGCUUUAGCACCAUCCUCUACUUCUUUCCAAAAUCUAAUCACGUUGUAAGUGUUGAAAUGCAAUGGAUUGCUUAGUCUAGUAACAUUUUCCACAACAAAAAGUCUGGUACAACCCACAACAAUGAGUAUAAAAGAAUGUGAUGGAUUGAAAGAGAUAGUUGCAAAUGAUGGAGAUGAAAUUGAAUUGAAAGAGGAUAUUAUCUUCAGCAAAUUGGAAAGUUUGGAACUUCAUUAUUUAUCGAGCCUCGUUUGCUUUUGUUCAUCACAACACAGAUUCAAAUUCCCCUCUUUGAAAAAGGUAACUGUGAAGCAAUGCCCCAAGCUGCAGGUUUUCUCAAAAUUAGUCUAGUCUGCUGGGUGUACAAAAAGAUGACCAAUGGCAUUGGAAUGGCAAUCUCAAUACCGAGUGCUUAAUGGUCGAUGUAUGUUAAGUUUUUUCCUAGUGAUUUUUAAUAUUUAUGAAUACAUUAUUAGUUAUAUUUUGUACUAAUAUACUGCCCGUUGUGAUAUAUUUGAGAAUCAAGAUGGCCUAAUGUGUUUGAACA